AAGCGAAGGGAUUCGGCGGAGGAGCGGCCAUUUUAUGCCUGGCUGAGAAGAGAGGAGAAGGGAGAGCGCGCGGUGUUCGCGGUCUGUCACGUUCGCCGUUUUGGAGCUUCUCGGCUGAACCGUUGUCUUUUCGUCAUGGGUCGGAAGAAGAAGAAGCAGCUGAAGCCUUGGUGCUGGUAUUGUAACAGGGAUUUUGAUGAUGAGAAAAUUCUUAUUCAACACCAAAAAGCGAAGCACUUUAAAUGCCAUAUAUGUCAUAAGAAACUGUAUACUGGGCCUGGUUUAGCUAUACACUGUAUGCAGGUACAUAAAGAAACAAUUGAUGCUGUUCCAAAUGCAAUACCAGGAAGAACUGAUAUUGAACUGGAAAUAUAUGGUAUGGAGGGCAUUCCUGAAAAAGACAUGGAUGAAAGGAGAAGGCUACUUGAACAAAAAACUCAAGCAGAAAGCCAGAAAAAGAAACAACAAGAUGAUUCCGAUGAAUAUGAUGAUGAUGAAUCUUCAGCUUCCACCUCAUUUCAAGCACAGCCUGUGCAACCUCAGCAGGGAUAUAUACCACCAAUGGCACAGCCAGGUUUACCUCCAGUGCCAGGUGCACCCGGAAUUCCUCCAGGUAUACCACCAUUAAUGGCAGGUGUUCCACCAAUGAUGCCUGGAAUGCCUCCAGUCAUGCCUGGAAUGCCACCUGGGAUGAUGCCAAUGGGUGGGAUGAUGCCUCCAGGACCAGGAAUCCCACCUCUCAUGCCUGGUAUGCCACCAGGUAGGUCAGGAAUGACGAAUCCAUAUUGUGGUAUGCCGCCACCUGUUGGUCCUCGCCCUGGAUUGCCUCCAAUGACACAAGCCCAGCCGGUGACUGCUCCUGGUAUUCUUAAUAGACCUCCAGCUCCUGUCAUUGCAGCACCAACUCCCCAGCCUCCAGUUACUAAACCACUUUUUCCUAGUGCCGGACAAAUGGGGACACCUGUCACAAGCUCAAGUACAACUUCAUCCAAUUCAGAACUGUCAGCACCUUCUAAAGCUCUGUUUCCUAGCACAGCACAAGCUCAAGCAACUGUUCCAGGCCCAGUUGGUACUGAUUUCAAACCUUUGAAUAAUGCACCUGCAACUACUACAGAACCACCUAAACCUACAUUCCCUGCUUACACACAGUCUACAACAUCAACCACUAGUACAACAAACAGUACUGCAGCUAAACCUGCUACUUCUAUAACAAGUAAGCCUGCUACCCUUACAACAACCAGCGCAACCAGUAAGUUGAUCCAUCCAGAUGAGGAUAUAUCCCUGGAAGAAAGAAGGGCUCAGUUACCUAAAUACCAGCGUAAUCUCCCUCGACCAGGGCAGGCCCCUAUGGGCAAUCCACCAGUUGGACCAGUUGGAGGUAUGAUGCCACCACAGCCAGGAAUUCCCCCCCAGCAACAAGGAAUGAGACCUCCAAUCCCACCUCAUGGUCAGUAUGGUGCUCACCACCAGGGCAUGCCAGGGUACCUUCCUGGUGCAAUGCCUCCGUAUGGCCAAGGGCCCCCAAUGGUGCCUCCUUAUCAAGGUGGACCUCCUAGACCGCCAAUGGGAAUGAGACCUCCUGUAAUGUCGCAAGGUGGCCGCUACUGAUGCUGCUGCUGCUGCUGCAAACGUGCUAAUAGGUUUGGAGAUUAAACCUUUUCUCGUCUUGUGCUGUUAAUAUAGCCAAGCUUCCAUCCAUUAAAACUUCGUUGUGACUUUUAGGGGAAAAAGUCUUUCCGCAUACAAGGAACUGUUGGACAUUAUUUUACAUGGGAAAAAAUUAUUUAGAAUAAUAAAGCAGAACUUUCCCUGAUGUUGCAAUUUAUACUGUAUGGCUUCUUUUUCAUGUUUCAUCUAGGUUUUUAGAAGUGAAGUAUAGUAAAUAUGGUUCGUUAAAUUGUGAAGGCGCUGGAAUUACAUGAACAUACCAUCUUUAAAGGCAAGUUCUGUAACCUUACGUUGCUGUUCAUAAAUGAUGCCUUCACAGCACUUCAGGUGCUGUUGGACUUCAUGUCCCCAACAAUAGUUUGGUGAGGGCUUUAACUGUUACCAUCUACUUGUACACCUAAACCUGAAUGUGUAACCAUAUUUAAUGUAUUUAGAGUUCCUCCUGUUGCAGGGUAUAUAGAAUUGACCCACUAAAUUCAUGUGAUUUUCUGUACUGUUUAACUUCAUUGUAAUAAAACAAAAGAAAAAAAUUGUCCUUUUAUUCACGACCAGCUGUGGACAUCUGCCUGAAGGUUACGAUAGCGUGUGGUAUAAUAAAUACAAAUUUCCUGAUGGUACAUUGACAUAUCCUGAAUUAUUUGAUCUUCACAAUGAUUACUGCUGUAGCUUAUUCUUGAUCAAGUAGGUAUAGACCUGUACACUUAUUAACAAGACGCAACAAAUAAAUUUGUCCAAUUUCCUUAAUGGAUUUUUUUUUUAGGGUUUGCCAUUCAGUUGAUUAAAAAUACUGCUUGUCACAAGUUGUUGAUAUAUGUUGGUUUCUAUGAGGUACAUUUUAUUGUGGAAUACUUUGACUCAGGCAGGCUUCUUAAGAUAAUAUUUUACAAAGUUUAGGUAUAAGAUAAUACAGUUAUUGUUUGUAUACUAAUCUGUCAUAAAAUCUCACAUUUAAAAAAAAUUCUGAUACAGAGAAAGACAUUGCUUGCAAAUAGGAAAGCGAGGACUAGUCUAGUUAAAAACUACAACUGAAGUUGUCCAGUAUAACACUUAACUUUCAUGACACGAUUACUAGACCUGUAGAGGGUUAUGCCUACAUGACAGGAUCUUAUUCUGUGAAGAUACUGGAAUUGCUCAGUGAAAUUUCAGCUGUUUUGUUAACUAGACUCAUUCCCCUUUAUGAAACUUAACUGGAAAGUAGGAACAAAAUUCUUUAGCAGAUGGUAAUGAAUUGUUCUUAGUUGUAAAUUAAAAGGCAGAGAAUGUUAGGAGACUGUUCAAACACUUCAGGCCUUAAUUUUUUUAAAGUUCUUUUUUUUAUAACAUAUUAACAAGAUGAAACCUUUCCAUGAGAGCCAGGCAUAAGACGACGCACUUGGGUAUUCUUUAUCAGUUGAUUAUAAAGGCAGAUUUUAUAAAUGAAAUAUUUUGCUCAUUUCUUUGCUCCAGUGGUGAUUAUAGUUCUUAAUACCAACAAUUAUUAAUGUCUACAUUACUACUAGUUAGUUUUUUCAACACUAUUGGCUCAUACUUGAAAAUUCUGGCUCUGUGGUACUUACAGAGUCUUGCUAAUUCUCUCUGUCUUUCUCUUUUUUCCUUAAAACUCCCUAUUAAACACAAAACUGUAAAAUUGGCACUCUAAAUAUGCAUCUUUCUGGAUUGAUCACCCGUUUUUCCAUAGAGGAUAUAAAAAUGCAAUCAUGUUCACUUGGCUGUUUCUGUUUUGUUUUGUUGAGUUUUCUUUUUGCCCAUGGCAGUAGCCUUUGUGCAGUUUGAUAUAUUAACCAUGUUCCAAAGUAUAUAUAUGUUCACGUAGAUGAGAAUAGCUAGUACAGUUGGAGCUUGCUUCAAAAUAGUUGCUAUAGAUCCUUCUAUUAAUGAGGCAAGCAACUCCUCAGUUUAGAAAUGGCUUAUUAAAUAUAAUUGCUACUA